CAACUGCAAGAACCACAACACCUUGUCAGCUGCGCAGCAGCUCCCGGGUGUCGGUAUCUGGGUUGAGAUCAUGAUGUCACCGCUGCUCGAUUCGGGAUCCUAAACUGUUGCAUCUUGCGGCCCCACGGGGAAGGCAAAGGAGGGUACUGGAGAUCUACUGGACCGGAACUAUUAUCGAGCAACACCGGAGUGAAGAAGGUCCAUGCCGAGAUUUCUGGGGGCCUGACCCUGAUUGGAUGUUCCCCUGGUAAUGAUAUUUCCAGCAGCCAUCAUCCUGCUGAAUUUCAACUGAGCUACAGUCAUGGAAACUUGCACAAGAAACCAGGGGUGCCAAAGGAAGCCUAAGUUCUCAGUUAAAAAAGAGAAUAUCAGCGACACAUUAGUAAAUUCUGUAAAAAUGUUACUACAAAGCAGGAAGGAUCUGUGCAGCAUCACCGAGGCACUGAAGGGGGGAAAGAAAGGAAGUUUUAUUGAGGUUACAUUUGUUGGACUUCCCACAGGUUCAGGAGCAGCACAUAUUCAGAGUUUAGGUGCCUUUCAUGUGGAUAUACCUGAAUUGAUUCGGUCACUCCAUCUCUGUAACCUCAGCGAUAAUGAAGUUAUUUUGUUAAAAGAGGCAAUAGCAACUACUAAAUCACAUGGGCCGCAGAUUGUCUUUCCUGGAGCUGUGUGUAUGAUGACAGCUUCCAUCCCCAAUUUUAGAAGGGAUGCCUUAUUUGUCCUGCUGAGCAAAUAUUCAGUUGGCAUUCGCUACACAGUGGAACAGGAUUGCUUGAACAGGCUGAACAGAAGCACCUCAAAUAAUGAAGAUGAUGAUACAAAUCAAUCUGUAUCUUCCAUCGAAGAUGAUUUUGUAACUGCUUUAGAACAUUUGGAUGACGAAGAGCCAUUAAGUACAAAUGAAAAACAUGGAUCAGAAAUAAUGAAAAAUCAGCGGGAUGCUGCUUCCCAGACACAGCCUGCCCAUUGUCUAGAUAUAAGUGGUUCAAAAAUCAUAUUUAGUUCAGUGCGUCGUAGGUCUUCUAUAAAAUCUUCAACAUUAAUGAGUUUCAUGGGACCACCAGAACUGUCAUCCUCACUUAAGAACACUGUUACAAUCUCAAUACAUGAUUCCUGGAAACCAAAAACAUUUACUAGUCAAGACAAAAAAAUACUGUCUCCUUCUCCUGCAGACUCAUCAGAAUCUGAGUGUUCUAGUCCAAGUCCAAUUAUCUUCUUAGAUGAGGAGGGAUACCAGAAAAGCAUGAAAGCAAAACUAAACCUUCCUAAGAUUCCAGUUGGUAAAGAUGGCAUUGAAGACUCAGAUUCAGAACUUAGUGAAUUUUUUGAUAGUUUUGAUCGUUUUGAUGAACCAGAGAUAUUUCCAGAAACUGGCUAUGAGUCCAACCAGAAACCUAUACUGGCCAGCCCACCCAAAAAGAGAAAAUGUGCACAUGAACCACUAGGUACUGGUUCUAUGAAUCCCCAGAGGUUCAUGUUUAAUCGUCCAACGCUUUCUGCCAGUGUAAAAAAGCCAACCCCUCGUAAACCGGAAUCUCCCUACAGUAGUAUUUGUGAUUUACCAGAUUCCCCUCGUCCUGUUAGGACCUCCAUGGAAGACACUGGCACUUUAUUUAGUCCUAUCAGGUCAUCUGCAUUUAGCCCCCUUGGUAUUGCCACAUCCAUGGAGUUAGGUAAAGACAAAUCAUGCUCUGCUUAUAGUGACUAUGCAAACCGUGUAUGUGUUGAAAUGUUUGAUUCAGUCCUCAACCCUGAGCCACCCAUCAAUCUUGGUGUAUCAAAAAAAGCUCACGUGAAAGCUCCAAAGCUCAAACGAAAGUCCCAUACCAAGGAUUCAGAACGAAAGCAGAAGUCCAAGCAAAAGCCUGCAAAAGGUGGCAUUCAGAAAUUUGCUACUGAACUGGUUGAAAGAAGUUUUGGUAGUGCAUUUAAAGAUCUACAAAAGGGUGUCACAUCUUGCACUAGCGCAAUUUGCCAUUUAGCGGCUCGACUAACUUCCUAUGUGUUCCAAAUGGCUUUUUAUGAAAUAGGAAGAAGACAAGCAUUUUCAAUAAAGGAACGAGCUAUUAAUGGGCUAGCGAACCUGAUGGUGAGUGAAGUGAUUUCAAGUGCUCUAAAAGAGCUCCACUGUAUAAAGAAACAGAUGGUUGCCAAUGCUGUCACACGCUUUGCUGCAGACCUUGCUGAGGAGCUUGUGUUUGAAGGGAUUAUGGAAGUAUGUCAGUUUUCACAUCCACCAACUCCAACUGUUGCACCUUCACAGUCUUUUCAUUAUGAAGAUGUAGUAGUGCGAUCCUAUGCUAAAGAUUUAUCAGAAUCUGUAAUUCAGGAAGCUUUCAUUGAGUUAUCUCAAGUGAAUGUGGCAUUUACCUCUCAAGCAGCUAUCAGUGUUUCAGUGGACAACCUGAAAUAUGUAAGUUCUGAAGAUUUGAUGCGUUCAACGCAAACAUUGGUAACUUUUCCCAACCUCCCUGAUAGUACUCAAGGGCCAUUGACUACAGAGAAUGAGACGAAACAAGAUUAUACUGUCAAGUAUGCCUUGUAUUUUACAUCUGGCCUUGUAAGUUCUGUCCCAGUGCCUGUUGCUGCCAAAGCUCUAAGUCAGCCACAGAUAUCAAAUGAUUUUUUUAGUGUUAGUGAAAAUACGGACAUUUCGGGUAGUGAUGGCGAAUGUGUAAAUAAUGUAGAGUCAUCAGAUAAAACUAUGCUGCCAGCUUCUAAAUAUGUUGUUAAUAAUAGCCAACAAGACGUCAAAUUUACGCAUAAAGGUGGAGAUUCUGUAGGAAUAAAAGCAUUCUCCACAACCAUGGUGGAUAUGAUUGUUAAUGAGGCAUAUAACACGAUAACUCCUUCAAAAGUAACAAAAACUGUUGAAGAUUAUGCUGAAUUGUUAUCUAAAAAAGUUUUUGAAAUUCCAUCUCAACAACAUUUAUUCAACAGCGAGGCGUCAAAAAACUGUUUUGCAGAUGACAUGGCCAAGUGUAUAUUGGAAUACUCUGCUACUGCAAACACACAGUCAAGUAGAUUGAAAACAGCUAGUAAUUUGAUUUUGAUUGAUCCCAGGUCUGGUUUCACUCAGGACACUGAGAGGUUGAAAUAUUCUCCAGUAUCUACAGAGGAAGGACUAAUGACUUUUAUGUGCACUACACCCUCUGAAUACACCCCAGAUUAUCCCAUUUUGGGUGUAGAUGAUAAAUAUACCUCAAGCGCUACUUGUUCUUUAAACCAAAUACAUUCAGAAGAAAUUGGUUCCAAAAUAAACAUACAAAAUAGCGAUAUAUCCGCAUCAUCAGCGUUUGGUCUACAGAGCUGUUUUUCACAUAUCAAUACCCUUUCAUCUGUCAUAUGUAGUUGUGGUGAUGACACCUUGAAAGAUGAUAAAAGAUGUCAAAAAGACGCUAAUAUCACAGUAUUUCCUGGUACACCACCACCAACCCCCCUUUCUUCAUAUAAUAUAAGCCCUGAGAGGAGCAUGAAGAAGCUUAGUAAGAAACUUAAAGGGCACCUGGCAAAAGAGUUUUAUCCAGCAACCCCACCCUCUACACCCCACCUAUCUGCCUUUGAGCACGAUUGUUCAAAGAAAGACGAUUUCAUGUUGAGAUUGAUGAGGUCACUGUCUGAAGAAGUUGAGAGUGUUAGCAGUGAUGAAAGUUCUGAGGACCUUACGGAAGAGUUUGCUGUUUCUGAAGAAACCUGUCAGUACGCAGACUACCUGUCUACUAAUAUCAUAUCUGUGGCCACUGAAAUGGCUGCUUAUUCUUUAGAUGAUGAAAAUGACCAAGGGGCUGCUUUUAGGAACAGGUCAUUGUUAAGUGUCCUGAGUGAUAAGUGGGGAUACCCAGCUUACAUGAGAAAUAUUUCAGAGGAAACCUUACAUACCCUGUGUAGCUACGCAGGUAGUGUUGCCGGUGAAGUUCUUGAUCAUGCCAAGAAAGUGGUGGGCAAGAAGCAAAAAACAACGAAGAGGAAAAUGAAUUAUGGUACAGAUUGCAAUAAUUCAAAAAAGCAGGCCAAGGAUUGUAGACAAAUAGAAAGAGGCUACUAUAGUAUGCAUUUUAAGGCCUCUGACUUUUCCACUCUCUCUUUGCCUCCAAGUAAUGAACUUGCUGGUUUGACUUCUAAAUACCCAAGCUGCGAAAGUGUGACAGAGGAGUAUGCCGAUCAUAUUAUACGUGUGCUUAAAAUGGAAGGUGGGAACAGUGAGUUGAUCAUGGACCAAUAUGCAAGCAGAUUAGCUUAUAGAGCUAUAAAGGGCGGUCUGCAGCAAGCUUCUAAAUCUAUUAAACUGCAGUGUAACAGAAGAAAACAUUCUAAGGUGAACUCUGAUGCAAGUACCACACAGAAUAUACUAACCCUUCUCAGCAGGGACCACCAUCAAGUCAAAGACAAGUUGCAUACAAGUAGCAUUGUUUGUCAUUCUCACAGUGAGGAGCCCACGUUACAUGGGAAAGUUAUACGAAAACCAGAAUUUACGGGCCUGAUGCAUUUUGCAGAAUCUCUUGCACACACCAUAACUUGUGAUGUAAGGAGAAAGUUAAAAAUGACAGCUGCCUCUCUUCCCAAAUCAUUGACUGAUUCCUGUCUCUAUACAAAGUCAAAAGCCAACAAUGUGUCAUCCGGAGAUUUAGUCAAAACCUCAUUUCCCAAGACUCUUCUUCCUUACCCUCAUAAACACAAGCUGUACCACAGCACAGGUAGUCUAAACGAAAAUGGUUUAAGUGAAGGCAUCAUUCAGGCUAUUGAAAAAUACGCGUGCAGAAUUGUCGAGAACACCUUAGAGUUCAGCUUGGAAGCAGCAAAACGUCAAGCAAUGGAAAAUCGGAAAAUAACCGAUAAAGACGCUUGUUCAGGAAAGCUUGUACAUUCAUAUGGUGCUUCUUGUAGACUUUGCAGUGUUACAGAACAGCCAGGGAAUCCAACAUCCUCGUGUCACUUCCUGCUAGGACAUGACGUCUCACGUAAAAUCAAACAGAGUUCAAAAUCCAGGCAUAAUGCUUGCCAAAAGUCAAAACUACUACAUCUUAAUAUACCCAAAAUUCAUAUUGAUCUCGAUAAGAGAGCUAUAUUUGCUGAGAAAAUAGUUAGUGCCGCUCUUGAGAAAGCAGAGCGGGAACUGAGCAACACAAGUUUGGCAGCUGACAGCGGAAUUGGCCAAGAUGGGAUGAGCUUUGCAGACAGCAUUACCACAGACAUAAUAAUGGCCGCCAUGAAGAAUAUCGGCCACGUAGUUAAUGUAAGUUCUAAUGACAAAGAUGGGUUUCAGUCUGCUGAAUCGGUUACCAGUCAGAAGACCAGCACUAGUGUUGGUGAGGACAGCACUGGGAGUUGGUCCAAUCUGAGCUUUGAAGAUGAACACCAAGACGAGAGCAGCAGUUUCCUUCACCUCAGUGACAGUAAUUGUAACAGCAGUAGCUGGAGCAGCCUGGGAUUGGAAGGAGACAUGUAUGAAGAGAAUAUAUCCUUCCCACCAUCAGACAGUGAUGGUAAUGAAGAAAAAGACGAAGGUCCCAAAGAUCCUGCAGAAGAUGUGGGGCAGCACUGCAAGUCUUUGCUGAUCAGGAACAUUGACACUGGCGUGUGUGCAGGGGAGUCUCAGCUAAGGAUGGUGUUACAGUGGAUUGUGGCUUCAGAGUCGGGCAUCUCUGAGCUCUGCUUUCCAGAGGCUGCCAAAAAAGAGCUAUUGGCUCUUUCCAGAAGACUCAGAGACAAAGAGUGGAAAGUCUGCGAUCUUCUGCAAGCCGUCCUCCAGUACUGUGAAUGUGUGGAAAAUGCCCCUACUCUUCACAAACCUUUGUUCGGUUGGCUUCUGGAACAUAUAUAAUAUGCACAAUAAAAGGCACUUUAGAAUACUGGAAACAAGAAGGAAGGGGCCCAGCUGUGAAGUUAUAAAUGUAUAUGCUAUUAGUUAUUUUAACUGGCAGUGUUUAAACAAUAUACUGUAGCUUUGCGUCGUGGAAAAUGUGUGUGCAAAUAUACGUAUCCACUUGAAUGCAUAUCUUUGUGAUACGUACCAAGAAUAUGUGUGUUCUUGGUACUCAAGAUCUACGAGCACUUGUUUUGUCAGCUUGGUGACUGUUUCAAUGACAUAUCAGUAUCCAGUAUAUUUACAUAAAAAGAUUUUAUCAUUUUGUAACUCACGAUUUUCACAACAUUCUUAAAAUAUCUCUCUUUCUUCUAUGGUAAUUUAUGUUACAUACAGUAAAUUUAUUUCAUUUGCUUGCCAUUGUUGGCAAGGGUGUUUCACCGGUAAGUGUGGAUUUCCGAGUAAUAAGCAGAUGUCAUGUAGUUUCUUUUGUGACUGUUUCAUAUUGUUAUCACAACAAACACAAGAAAAUAGUAACUAAAAUUAAAAUGAGGUUAAUUUGGUUUCUCUUCUAACCCUGAUCUGUAAACUAGACAGCCUUACAAUGAAUAAAUCCUGUACCCUAUGGAUAAAUGCCAUGUCCAUAUAUUUUUGUGUCUGCCUUUUGCACAAAUGUACAUAUUAAUAAAGCAGUUAAUGUAAGUUG